CGGUGGCCAGCCCAGCGAGCGACCGGGCGGAAGCGCCUGUAGAGGGCGAAGGCGUGGCGGGAAUUGGGCAGGAGCUGCUGGGGGAGGCCGUCGCUGCGUGCCUUCUGCUCUCGCCACUGGGGGGCAGCGGAGUGGGAGGUCCACAGGCGGGUCACUCACGAGUUAGAUGUUUGAAUGGGAGGACGUAGCCGCGGGCUAAGCUUGCUUAAUUCGGGAAUUAACCUCCCUUUGCGUGGGAGUGCGGAGGUGCGGCGCUAAGGCUCAUUUGACUCGGUGACAAAGUCCUUGGGGCAAAACAGUCCCCAGCUCCGCCAACUGGCCGGUGAUGCCUUUGGAAUGCAUUGGUUCCUUCAGACAUUCGACACAGCAGCUGUGUCGUAGCUGUCUUCUACUCUUUCUGCUGGUGAGCAUCCCUUACAGCUUUCUGCUCGAGAACUUUGAUGACGAUGAGCUGCCACUGGCAACAUCCCAGACGCUGGGAGGCACCGCUGCCCAGAAUGUGCCUGGCUGCCCAGACAACUGCACCUGCCCCACAGAGGAGACAGUGGAUUGUGGUGGCCUUGACCUGCACAUUUUCCCCAACAAUAUCUCUGCAGCCAUCCAGCAUCUUUCACUGCAGAAUAACCAAUUACAGGAGCUGCCCUACAAAGAGCUGUCCCGAUUGACUGGCCUGAGAACCCUCAAUCUCCACAACAACCACAUCACCUCUGAGGGUCUUCCAGAUGAAGCCUUCGAGUCCCUGCAGUUGCUUCAGUACAUCUACCUGGCCAAUAACAAGCUGUCGGUGGCGCCACAGCUCCUGCCCAGCACUUUGCGCAUCGUGGACCUUGCCGCCAACCACUUGACUUGCGUCUACCCACUUACCUUUGGGCAUAAACCUGGCCUCAGGUCUGUUUAUAUGCACAACAACCAGCUGAACAACACAGGCCUGCCCUUUGAUGCCUUCAAUGGCUCUGAUGCUGUCAGCACCCUGAUCCUCUCCAGCAACCUGCUCACCUACGUACCCCAGAACUUGCCCCGUGCCAUCGUCCGCCUCCACUUGCAGAAUAACCACAUCUCCCGCAUCCCUAAAGGGGCCUUGAACAGCCAGUGGCGCCUUCGAGAACUCUACCUGCAGAACAAUAACUUGUCCAACAAUGGCCUUGACACCUCCACCUUCAGCCGGCUGAAGAGCCUGGAGUACCUGGAUCUUUCCAACAAUAACCUGUCCCAGGUGCCUGCUGGCCUCCCACCAAACAUUGCCAUCCUUCAUCUGGGCCGAAACCACUUGAGUGCCCUACCACCCGAACGCCUGAGCCGUGUGCGGAGCCUACAGUAUCUCCUGCUACAGAGCAAUGCCUUGACAGCUUCAGGGGUGCACCCUGAAGCUUUCUCCCGCCUACGUUCCCUGCACACACUCCACAUGUACAACAACCGGCUCGAAAGCAUCCCACCUGGACUUCCUCGGCGGGUCCGUUCCCUUAUGUUGCUGCACAACCAAAUUGCUUGCAUUGGGUUGGAAGACUUUGCUGCCACCUAUGCUUUGGUUGAGCUCAAUCUAAGCUACAACCGGCUUUACAGUGCCCACAUCCAUCGCCUGGCCUUCCGCAAACUGAGGCGCCUGGAGACCCUGGACAUUUCUGCCAACCAGCUCACAUACCUGCCUGCUGGGCUGCCCUCCAGCCUUCAGGUCCUCCAUCUUCAGAAAAACCAGCUUAACUCCCUUUCUCCAGAGCCAUUGGUCAACCUCACUAUGCUCAAGGAGCUGCACCUGGCACACAACCGCCUGCGGAUCAGCAGUAUCUCCCCAGGCACUUGGCAGGAGCUGCAUGGGCUCAAGCUCCUAGAUCUGAGCUACAAUGAGCUGUCCUAUAUUCCUCCAGACCUACCAGAGUCACUGGAAUAUCUAUACUUGCAGCAUAAUAGGAUUGCUGUCAUUGUGGCUGAGGCCUUCCUCACAACACCCAACAUCCAUGUCAUCACUCUCAGAUCCAACCAUUUAUUGGCAGCCAAUGUGUCUGAAGCAGCAUUUGCAGAUCUGAAUCUGUUGGAGGUAGUGGACACAACAGGGAAUCCAGAGCCCAUCAACAUCUCUCUGCUGCAAGCUGGGCGCUAGGGAGGUGGCCCAGAGCAGGUUAGGUUUUUGAACCCACCAGGGCCUAAACGCUGGGGAAGUAUGUAUUCAAAAAACCAAAUCACCCUCGUUUCCAGCUUCUGCUGGAAUUAUUGACCACUGAAAAAUAAUCUAGCGAUCAGGAGCUUUCAAAACAGGAACUUGUUAUAUGUGUGCUAUAUUUGGGUGGCUAACACAAGCUCUAUGUUGAACUGAACAAGGGCUGAAACAUUGGCUUGGUUUAUAUCGAAGCAAGUGAGUAGAAACAGUUAAGUUUUUACUGUGCCAGUAAACUUAUAAGCUAAAUUGUACCACUUCAGACUGCAAGCAGGGGCUCAUAUGACUGAUUGCUCCUAGAUAUAAAUAAAAUACAUCCCACCUUGAAAACUAGGUCUGCUUCCUGACUGCUGGCUCCUAGUAUUACACCCAGUCAUUUCUACAAGCUAUGUGACAAGCUACAAGUGGAAUUGCAAUUAACUUUCACAUUAUUGGAAGUAUUAUGCUUUUUCUGUGUGUAUAUCCUGCUGUAUUCCAUCCACACUAGUGGGCAUGACAUCGUAGCUGCUGUGGGUGGGGCCAUUUGCAGCUCAGCACACAUUCACUAUAACCUUUGAGGCAGGCAGCAUUUUAUGACUCAAUGUUUAAUUUUUUUAAUAUUGCUCUUUUAAUUAUCACUAAUUAAACAAAAACAUUUUCUA